GAAACGGAACGUUCUUUCAAAACACGCAUUUGACGUGUUGUACAUGUGAUUUACAAAAUAAAGUUAUUUAUAAUAAAAUAAUGCCUAUUGUUAAGAAAAAGAAGCAUGUUUCUAAGAAAGGAAAGAAAGAGUGGCGUAAAUACUGUGAUAUCAAGGAUGUGGAGGAUUUCCUUGAAGAUCAACGACUUGAAGAAAGAUUAGGAAAGUUCGACACAAAACCGGACAGUGAGCUGUUUGUGGUAGACACCGGCGGAGAUGCGGGUGAGCAGCAGGAUGGACAGAAGGAACCGGAGAAGCCACUCUCGGCCAAGCAAAGAAGAAGGGCCAAGCUCGCUGCUCCACCUAAAUGCUUUGAAAUUCUACAGUCUACUUCUAAGGUACAAGAUCCAAAUGCGAAACGCAACCAUGUGAACCCCAUAGGCACUCGACCUACUGCCCUCAGCAAGAUCACUGAAGCCAGGAAAGAAAAGAAAGGAGCGUAUGAGAAGAAACUAGAACUGGCCAGAAAGAACAGAAAAAUUGCCUUUGAAAAGAAAAAGAAAGCCAAGACUGCCAGACAGACCUUUGGCAUGGAUGUUUGGGGUGAUAGUGUACCAGAAGCCAAGGGCAUCCCGUCCACGCUAGUCGGCGACUUCAUCUCCCCCGAGGCGCAACUCCACAAUGUGUUGCCGGAGCGGCGCCUGCGCCCGAAGCCCCCGCUCGCGCGCACCGUGGUCGCGAGGAGCAAGGUCGCCGUCCCGCACCCGGGCGUCAGCUAUAACCCUAGUUAUGAGGAACACCAAGCCCUUCUCCGCGACGUUGUCUCCCACGAGGAGCAGCUCAUGAAGCGAGAGCAGCACCUGCUGCGAGUCACCACCGGCAUGUUCAGCAAAGUGACGGAGAAGCAACGAGAUGAAAACUGGCGCAAGGAGAUGUCAGCCGGCCUACCGUUAGCCGAAGAGCCAGAGGACAAGUCAGACGCAGACACGGACGACGAGGUGAAGUCAGUGAACCCGCCGGUCAAGAACAAGAAGAAGGACCACAAGGCCAGGAGGAAACAGAAGGAACAGAUUCUGGAGAAGGAGCGGCUGAAGCGGGCUAAGAUUGACAAGAAGAAGAUUAGCGAUAUUUAUAGACUCCGCAAGCUCCAAGUGGCCAUCAAGACCACGGAAUCCCAACAAGAGCUGGAACGCUCACAACGCCGCUCCAAGCGCCUACAGGUUGAGGCCACCGCGCCGCCGCAGCUCAGCGGGCACAAGACCGCCAAGCCUGAACCAGACUUUGUGGAGCCGGCCACGCUGACGGGGGAUUUGAGGAAUAUUACUAGUUCUACGAACCUGCUUAAAGAGCGAUACCAAUCCCUCCAACACCGCGGCGCCAUCGCGGCCUCCCGCCUCAUGAUGAAGAAGAAGAAGCGGGUCAAGAGCUACUUCAAGGCGGGCCACAAGGUCACCGACCAGGACGUGGAGAAGUAUGUCAAGGACUUCAAGGCUAAUACUGCGGCUGCGAAGGCCAAGGCCAAGGCGAAGGUUUAAGUGAUGAAUAAAGAAUGUUUGAGGUA